CACAGGAACACACAGAUGGGAGCACGCACACAGGAACACAAACAUGCCAUGUGGUCAGACUGUGCUGCCGUGCAGACGCAGUAACAUAAUCAGCCGCGAUGUGUGUGUGUGCGCGCGUGUGGGUUUUUUUCCGCUUGGAGGACGUAUGUGCUGUGACAUUUCUGUCUGUGUUUCUCGGCUCUUGUUCUUUUAUCUGAUCACAUUUCAGUCAGAAGGGAGGAGGAGAGAAAUCUGCUUCAUCUACUGUGACUCAGGUGCCUAAGACUGUGUGUGUAUGUGUGUGUGUGUGUGUGUGUGUGUGUGUGUGUAAAGCUGGACUAUCAGCAAUGCUGUGCUUCUCCUUCUGAACUGGACUGGACUGGAACACAGACACUGAGCUGUGACUGGACGGCCCGAGUGUGAGAUGGACGCGUUGGAGGUGACGUCUCGUCCUGAUGAACACACACAGCAGACGAACACAGCUGUAAAUCAGAUGCAUAACAAGACGUGCGUGAACUUUGAGAUCAGUCCCAUCAGCGACUUGCUAGUAGGCAUCUACAUCACUGCACUGGUGCUGGGCCUGGUGUUUAACCUGCUCACGGCGUGGCCCAUCAUCCAGCAGGUCCGCAGGAAGAACGUUCUGGGCGUCUACCUGCUCAGUCUGUCCAUCUCAGACAUCCUCUACAUCCUCACCAUGCCGCUGUGGAUCAUCUACUACUACAACGACCACAACUGGAAGCUCGGCCCUGAUCUGUGCAAGCUAGCUGGGUUUGUUUAUUACUCCAACAUGUACAUCAGCAUCUACCUGCUGUGCUGCAUCUCCAUCGACCGCUGCCUGGCCGUCACCUUUCCUCUGAAGACCAAGACUUUCCGCCGCUUCAGGUACGCCUGGAUCAUCUCGGGGGUCAUCUACAUCUUCACCGCCAGCCUGCACAUCCUGGUCAUUUUAAUGGACAAGGUGACAGACCCUCUGGAUAAACACGGCCGCUGUUACGAGACGUUUCCCAUGACGGAGCGCGUGGCUCUGUUUAACCUCCUGCGUGUGGUCAUCGGCUUCCUGCUGCCACUGCUGGUGUUAGCCGUAUGCUACUUUCAGAUCUUUAGGAAGGUGCAGGAGAGCGUGGGACUGGAUGAUCAGGGCAAGCGCAAGGUCAAGCUGCUGUCUGUGGGAGUCAUCACCAUCUUCUCCGUCUGCUACGCCCCUUACCACAUCCAGCUGCUCAUACGCUCCAUAGCAUAUAAUUACUUUAAGGUUGAGGAUUACUGCAAAUUCGAACAGGGGCAGCACUUUUACUUCUCGGGGACGCUGGCCAUGACGAGUCUGAACAGCAUGGUGGACCCUCUGCUCUACGUCCUAGUGAGUAACGGCAUGAGGGAAAGUGUUCGUCUCUGCUGCAGGACCAAAUCCUGCUCCAAAACCAUCACGGAACCCAGACUGCAGCUUCAACACUGAGGAUUAAACUCAGGAACUCCAACAGAUUUAUAAAAUUCACCUAAUAUAAAACUCAUUCAUCUCAGUUAAAGGAGAUUAAUGUGUUUGUAUUUGUUUAAUUUGUAUUUUAUGUAUUCAUCAGAACGUCAUCUCAUUAUCACUCCAGCUUCUGUUUCUUUUCAUCAGUUUCACACUUUUAAAUAUUUUAAAUACUGGAUCUUUUUUCCUAUAUAAACAGUUAAACAGUGCCUUUUAUAUGUUAUUUUCAGCUCCAUGUCUUUUAUUUAUUAAAAAUAUUGUUUAAUGUUUGACAGAAUUAUACCUUCAUUUUAGAAGAACAGGAAAAACUUAAAUAAAAAUCAAAAUGCUGACAUACGCCUCUAUUUAAUCUCUCUCUCGUAUAUGAUGUUUAAGUAAUAAAGUGUGUGUGUGAGACUAUA